GUUGGUGUCCGAAAUUACGGAAACGAAAAUCGCGAGAGGACUGAACGAACGAAGGAAACGCAAGAGAAGAAGAAGAGCGAAGAGCGCAGAGUGACGGGUACAAAUUCAAAGGUUAUUGGAAAACCCCCCAAACAGUAACACGAUCGAUUGAGGUUACUGUUUCGGUCUUGAUGGUGUCGGUUAACCCUAACCCCGCCCAAGGCUUCUACUUCUUCGAUCCUUCCAACAUGGCCCUUCCCGGCGUCAACAAUCUCCCGCCGCCGCAGCACCCUCCGCCGCCUCCCGCCGGAGCACCCUCCGCCGUGGAGGAUCCCAAUAAGAAGAUCCGGAAACCCUACACGAUUACCAAGUCCAGGGAGAGCUGGACCGAGCAGGAGCACGACAAGUUUCUAGAAGCUCUCCAAUUAUUUGAUCGGGACUGGAAAAAGAUUGAAGCAUUUGUUGGUUCAAAAACAGUUAUCCAGAUACGGAGUCAUGCACAGAAGUAUUUUCUUAAAGUUCAGAAGAAUGGAACAAGUGAACAUGUACCUCCUCCUCGGCCAAAGAGAAAAGCUGCUCAUCCAUACCCUCAAAAAGCUCCUAAAAUCGCUGCUACUGCAUCCCAACUUACAGGCUCAUUGCAAUCUCCAUCUGCUUUCGUUGAACCUACAUACAUUUAUAGCUCAGAUUCCUCAUCUGUGCUUGGAAACCCAGUUACUAGCAUGCCUUUGUCAUCUUGGAAUUAUAAUGCUACACCACCACCAGUCAAUGUGCCACAACCACAAGUGAUUAGAGAUGGAAUGGGAUUGACUGGAGCUGGACAAGCUGUUCCUCAUAAUUGUUGCUAUAGCAGUAGUAAUGAAAGCACCCCUCCAACUUGGCCAAGUAGCAAAACGAUUAAUCAGGGUGACCAGGGCAAGCCAUUUAAAGUAAUGCCAGAUUUUGCUCAAGUCUACAGCUUCCUUGGCAGUGUAUUUGAUCCAAAUUCAACUAAUCACCUACAUAAACUAAGACAGAUGGACCCAAUAAAUGUGGAAACGGUAUUAUUGUUGAUGAGAAAUCUCUCCAUCAAUUUAAUGAGUCCUGAAUUUGAGGAUCAUAAGAAGCUGCUUUCAUCAUAUGACACCGACUCUGAGAAGUCAAAGUUUGUUAAUAUUUGCAGCACAAAUAAAUCUGAGAGUGCCGUUCUCUCUGCUUAGGAUGUUGCCACGCCGAAGAGUGUUUUCAAUAUAUUUUCUGAAUGCACAUGAAGUGGGAGCAAGAAGGGGAAAAGACAAAAAGUUUUUGCUAAAAGGAAGUGUAGUGUCUAGAUGCAUGCUGUAUAUAAAUAUAAAUAUAUGUAUACCUUUUGGAUUGAGUUUUUGUUUGUUUUAGGCACUGUUAGUCUCGUAGAUAUGCUGGUGUUUUGAUUUGUGUAUAUCUUUUGAAGAUGAUUAUCCUUGGAAUGCAGGACAAUGAGAGUUCUGCUAGGUCACUUCUGGAGGCUAUACUGUACAGCCUGUUGAGUGCUUUUGUGUGUUAUGCUGUUUAAGCUUAGAAUUAGUACAUGAGCGGUGUUAGGAUUUAGGGGUGCCGUUUGCCUUGUAUAUAAAGCAAUAAAACACUGUAGAUAAGUUUCUCCUUUUCAUGCCUGUACAUUAUAAUAAUUAUUAUUAUAAACCCUAUUUGCUA